GGCAGACACUCACCAUGGGGCGCCUGGAGCUGGUCAUCUUGGGCCUCACCUGCUGCUUGGCAGUGGUGGGUGCAGCAAAGCUGGGUGCCGUGUACACAGAGGGCGGCUUCGUGGAAGGCGUCAACAAGAAGCUCAGCCUCCUGGGUGGCGACUCCGUGGACAUCUUCAAAGGCAUCCCCUAUGCCACUGCCAAGACCUUGGAGAACCCCCAGCGUCACCCUGGCUGGCAAGGGACCCUGAAGGCCACGAACUUCAAGAAGCGAUGCCUGCAGGCCACCAUCACCCAGGACAAUAGCUACGGCGAUGAGGACUGCCUCUACCUCAACAUUUGGGUCCCCCAGGGCAAGAAGCAAGUCUCCCAGAACCUGCCCGUGAUGAUCUGGAUCUACGGAGGCGCAUUCCUCAUGGGUGCUGGCCAUGGGGCCAACUUCCUCAGCAACUACCUGUAUGACGGGCAGGAGAUAGCCACGCGUGGGAACGUCAUUGUGGUCACCUUCAACUACCGCGUCGGCCCCCUGGGCUUCCUCAGCACAGGGGACGCCAACCUCCCAGGUAACUAUGGCCUUCGGGAUCAGCACAUGGCCAUUGCCUGGGUGAAGAGGAACAUCGUGGCCUUUGGGGGAGACCCCGACAACAUCACCAUCUUUGGAGAAUCAGCGGGAGGGGCCAGCGUCUCUCUGCAGACUCUCUCCCCCUACAACAAGGGCCUCAUCCGGCGAGCCAUUAGCCAAAGUGGAGUGGCCCUCAGCCCCUGGGUCAUCCAGAACGAUCCACUCUUCUGGGCCAAGAAGGUUGCCAAAAAAGUGGGCUGCCCCUUGGACGAUACCACCAGGCUGGCCAGGUGUCUGAAGGUUACUGACCCCCGUGCCCUGACGAUGGCCUUUAAGGUGCCCCUGGCAGACCUGGAGUACCCUGUGCUUCACUAUCUGGCCUUUGUCCCGGUCAUCGAUGGAGACUUCAUCCCCGAUGACCCCGUCCACCUGUUUGCCAAUGCCGCUGACAUCGACUACUUAGCAGGCACCAACAACAUGGAUGGACACCUCUUUGCAGGUGUGGACUUGCCAGCUAUCAACAAGGGCAACCAGGACAUCACAGAGGAAGACUUCUACAGGCUGGUCAGCGGGCUCACUGUCACCAAGGGGCUCAGGGGUGCCCAGGCCACCUUCGACGUCUACACGGAGCCCUGGGCCCAGGACUCCUCCCAGGAGACCAGGAAGAAGACUGUGGUGGACCUGGAGACUGACAUUCUUUUCCUGAUGCCCACAGAGAUCGCCCUGGCACAGCACAGAGCCAAUGCCAGGAGCGCCCACACCUACUCCUACCUGUUCUCCCAUCCCUCUCGGAUGCCCGUCUACCCCAAAUGGGUGGGGGCCGACCACGCUGAUGACCUGCAGUAUAUCUUUGGAAAGCCCUUUGCCACCCCACUGGGCUACCGGCCCCAAGACAGGACUGUCUCCAAGGCCAUGAUCGCCUACUGGACCAACUUUGCCAGAAGUGGGGACCCCAACAUGGGCCACUCGGCUGUGCCCACACACUGGUACCCCUACACCCUGGAGGACGGCAACUACCUGGAGAUCACCAAGAAGAUGGACAGCAGUUCCAUGAAGCAGCACCUGAGGACCCGCUACCUGAAGUACUGGACACAGACCUACCAGGCACUGCCCACUGUGGUGGGUGAGGGGACUGCUCCAGAGUCCCCUGUCAAUGACUCCCUAUUCCCACUAGCGCCCCCGGUCAACGGCUCCCUGCCACCGCUAGGGCCCCCGGUCAACGGCUCCCUGCCACCGCUAGGGCCCCCGGUCAACGGCUCCCUGCCACCGCUAGGGCCCCCGGUCAACGGCUCCCUGCCACCGCUAGGGCCCCCGGUCAACGGCUCCCUGCCACCGCUAGGGCCCCCGGUCAACGGCUCCCUGCCACCGCUAGGGCCCCCGGUCAACGGCUCCCUGCCACCGCUAGGGCCCCCGGUCAACGGCUCCCUGCCACCGCUAGGGCCCCCGGUCAACGGCUCCCUGCCCCCCCUUGCGCCCCCGGUCAACGGCUCCCUGCCACCGCUAGGGCCCCCGGUCAACGGCUCCCUGCCACCGCUAGGGCCCCCGGUCAACGGCUCCCUGCCACCGCUAGGGCCCCCGGUCAACGGCUCCCUGCCACCGCUAGGGCCCCCGGUCAACGGCUCCCUGCCACCGCUAGGGCCCCCGGUCAACGGCUCCCUGCCACCGCUAGGGCCCCCGGUCAACGGCUCCCUGCCACCGCUAGGGCCCCCGGUCAACGGCUCCCUGCCACCGCUAGGGCCCCCGGUCAACGGCUCCCUGCCACCGCUAGCGCCCCCGGUCAACGGCUCCCUGCCCCCCCUUGCGCCCCCGGUCAACGGCUCCCUGCCCCCCCUUGCGCCCCCGGUCAACGGCUCCCUGCCACCGCUAGGGCCCCCGGUCAAUGGCUCCCUGCCACCGCUAGGGCCCCCGGUCAACGGCUCCCUGCCCCCCCUAGCGCCCCCGGUCAACGGCUCCCUGCCUCCCCUUGCACCCCCGGUCAACGGCUCCCUGCCACCGCUAGGGCCCCCGGUCAACGGCUCCCUGCCACCGCUAGGGCCCCCGGUCAACGGCUCCCUGCCACCCCUAGCGCCCCCGGUCAACGGCUCCCUGCCACCGCUAGCGCCCCCGGUCAACGGCUCCCUGCCCCCCCUUGCACCCCCGGUCAACGGCUCCCUGCCACCGCUAGGGCCCCCGGUCAAUGGCUCCCUGCCACCCCUAGCGCCCCCGGUCAACGGCUCCCUGCCACCGCUAGGGCCCCCCAGGACCCCCCGCCAAUGA